AUGAGGCAGUUUGUCGUAGCUCUUGCCACAGGCACAGCCUACAGAGGCGCCAUGGCAACAGGCCGGCCAGGGUCACACUUACGCCUCGAGGUCAUGCCGCCCGGUACAGCACAGCCGGGCCCCGUGACGAAGGUGCCAAGCCGACACACAAUCUUGUUGCAGAGCCAGUUAAACGCUCCACUCGACGGAAUGGCACAAUUUCGCCAGCACAACGAAGCCUUAAACAAAUGCUCCGUUUGUGCCCCAUUUUGUGGUUGUUUCUAA